AUGUAUAAAGAGAUUCAGCUGGCUGAGUGGAUGCGAGAAGAACAGAGAAAAGAGAUAAAAAGAGCGCUGGCAGUAAAGAUAGAUGAAAGCUAUACCGUGGAGAAGAACGGUUGCAAAGUAAGCACUGAAUCAGAAGUGAUUUUUCGUUCACUUUUUUCGACGACCUUCCUUAGCUCGCUCGCAAGUGCUUCCAUCAUUGGUACAGCCGUUCUGAUAAAGAAGCAGCGAAGGCCGCCGGUCUUUGAUCAAUGUGGGCUGCCAGCAAUGACUGAAGUGGCGACUGCAUCAGCAGCGGUAGCAGCAAGGGCAGCAGCAGCAGCAGCAGCUUACGCAGCAGUCUCAAAGAACGUUGCGGUUAUGUUGGGAAGUAAUAGUAGUAGUAGUAGUAACAAUGGUGGUAAUGUGUCACCCGUAUUGUCGUCAUCGCAGCAGCUCUACUCUAUUGAGUCCAUCCUGAAGGCUGAUCCAGGAUCUCCUGCAUUGAACGAGUCAACAAAUACCAUGGAGAACAACUCCGUUCCUUUGGUGGACGGUGAACCAUCCAUUUGGUUGAUGAACAAAAAAUUUUGUAGUUCCGUUUGCCAUGAUGAAGCGAGUGGCCGACAUUAUGGUGUUAUAGCUUGCUUCGGUUGCAAGGGUUUCUUUCGGAGAACGGUACGUGCCGGGAAAAAUUACGUUUGUCGUUAUGACCAAAAGUGCAAAAUUGAUAAAGCCGGUCGCAACAUUUGUCGAUCUUGCCGUUUUCAAAAGUGCCUUCUAGUUGGAAUGGAACCUGAUGCCAUUCGACCAGAUCGCGAUAAAACCGGUAGACAGAAGAAUCCGCGCCGGGGGACUUGCGAAAGCACUACUAACAAGUCAACAAAUUCAGUAUCUGGUGAACUACCCUCAGUCGGUCCUGAAAAGGAUAGCACCAUGAGUAAUGCCGGUCGCAACAGCUCUCAGUCUAUUCGUCAAAGUGGUACUACAAGUGGCGUGCAAUUUUCCAUACCUGUGGGAGAUGAAUCUGUCCUUGCAACAUUAUGUGAAAUUGAACAUAUAUGUAAUCAGCUCCGAGAUGCUCAUCCUGUUGCAUCCAAGGGUUCCAUAACCCUACUUGAUGCUGUUUUGCGUCCAUCACUCAUCGCUUCUCGAUCUCCACUGAUAUUCGAUGGAUCUUUGGGUCUUGCUGGAUGCAAAGAGUAUUUAAAAAAUCUAAGGCGUCUCACUGUAUUGCUUUUUGAUUAUACCAAUACGCUGAAGCCAAUCGCAGAUCUCUCUCCCAGUGAAAAGAUAUCCAUCAUUCACAAUUGUGUGUCACAAUUUGCCCUGCUUGUUGUUGCUUACCACACUGUGCGUAAUACGGAGGCUGUCAACGACACAAUUUUACUACCUAGUGGGCAUUAUUUUCAUCGUGAAAAACCUGUCGUCAUGAAUGAGCAUUGUGAAGAUAAGCAUAUAAUACUUCUGGAAUCUCGCAUUGAGACUGUGAAAAAAAAUAUUUUGGAUGUUGUACUGAGCCCAAUGCGACGUAUGGACUUCACUGAAAUUGAAAUGGUUGCAUUGAAAGCAAUAAUUGCGCUCGACCCAAGUGCUGCAAAUCUCACAGAGCAUGCUACAUCUUUGUUAACUGUAGCUCGCGGGUCUGUUCAGAACGCUCUCUAUGCACACCUUAGUAGUCACCUUUCACCUACUGAAGCAACUUCUCGCUUUGGCAACCUUCUUCUUAUUAUUGCCAGUCUUUCUAAAAUGGGUGCAGCGUUGUGCAGUAUGAUGCAGUUAUGCCGUGAUUUAUCAAUGAAUAUUGAUCCGGUGGUUGACGGGCUAUUUUUUAAUGAUUCUUGUUGA